UUAUCUCAAACUUCAAAACAAUCAAGAGCUGGAAGUAUAAACAAUUAAGAUACCUUCAACAAUAUUACCAAGGGUCCAGUGAUACCCCCACUGGAACGUCGAAGUGAUGGUAGAUUUCGCCAAAUAUCGAGUGGUAGAUUUGAAAAAGCUUCUACUGGCUCGUCAACUUCCGACUAAUGGCUUGAAGGCUACUUUAGUGGAACGUUUGACACAGUCGGAUGCUCUUCACGUGUCUAUUGAGGAGGUGAUCAAUGGAGGAGUUAAGCAGGAAAUAUCUUCUACCGUGUAAGUACUGCCCGAUAACCCUAGUGUUUUGGGAGAUAUAUUGCUGCCUCUUAUCGUUGAUGAUUGCGGAGAGUUUCAUGCGACAGCAAGAAUGCACACACAAUCCUCGCUGGAUUUAAUUGAUUGAAAUUAGCUAUUAACAUGUCCUUAGCCCUCCAACUCAAGCAGAACAUGCAAUUGGCAACGCAAAGCGUCAGAAUCUGCAUGAUGCUAUGGAUCCACUCAAAAACAUACCUGGCUUUACUCCUACGUCCGCUGGUCAUAUGAUACUCAAACAGGAGAACACCUAUACCUCACCACAGAUCCAGAAUCUAAAAACCACGCCAACAACGUAUAGUGCUUCACAAUCCUCUCCAUAUACCAACCUCGAUACUGUUCAAUUCAGUGAAAAUGAUUUUUAGCGAUGAUGACAAUAUUGACUUGGAUACCGACUACGAUUUGCCAAUGUCUCAAUCUUUCUUCACCAAUUCUUAGCCACAAUCUCAAGCUGGUCCACAAAUUCAAUACCAUAUGUCUCCCUCGGCUCAAACUAUAGCAGAACUCCACCUUCAAGUCAUUACCAAGGCUAUCCUAAAAUGACACAGGAUCCUUAUGCGUCGGUGACACCCAUCAACGCCAGCCAUUAACGACUCUUCAGAACAACCAGGCAUUACCACCAUCAUCCUUCGAGACUCGUACACGAGGCAAUACCAAAGUUCAAAUCAAGUCGGAAAUGAGUACUUCAGAAAGUCCUUUCAAUUCUUCCUUGCCGGAUUUAGCACUUCCCAAGCGACGCCUCAGCCGUUUACCCCAGCCUCAUCGUCGUCAACAAAUGUCAAAGCCGGACAUUCCAAACGACCUUCAAAGUCUCCAGCCAAUGUUUCUUAUCUAUCGUAUUAUCAGAUGGAGCAGAUGUAUUAUACAAGCGGCCAAGAUCCCCAGACUGACAAAGAAAAGCUUGCACGCAGGGGAGUGGUUGGUAAAGUUGGUUAUUGACGUUAACCCAUUCAAUUUUGUUUUUGUUGAUCCACUGCAAAGAGACAGGGUUGAAGUUCAUUGGGCUUUGAAAUCUCCAGAAAUUCGUCGAGAUAUUGAGAAGAAAGCCAUUUGAUUGAAGCAGCCAUAUGCAAAGCGUGAGGUACCACUCCGAUUAGCUCCUUUCCUCCUACGAACACCUGUUCUAAUUAAACUUAUUGGUCCGGUGCCUCGAUCCUUUGACGAAUUGGAACAAAGAUACUUCAAUAUUCCUCAAAGAAAAACAUUGGUUUAUCAUGAACUUAUACCGGAAAGACUUGGUUGGCUCAA